GUCAUAUAAAAUUGUCAAAAAAAGGAAAUUUUACAAGUUUAGAGAAUCAUAAAUAAAAUAACAAUAGCACCACCACCAGAGAGGGGAUUGUUGGUGAAGAUUGGUUCGCUCAACGAACGCUUCAACGGCAAAAUUUCCCGGCCAAAGGGAUCUGCAAUUGAAGUAGAAGCAUCAGAAGGAGAAAUCAGAGGGGCGUGUGAUCGUGUCCUCAGGCGAAGAUCUGAGGCUUUCAAUAUUCAACAAAGAUGAGCGCUUCUAGGUUCAUAAAGUGCGUCACUGUUGGGGAUGGAGCUGUGGGCAAGACAUGUUUGCUAAUAUCCUAUACCAGCAAUACCUUUCCCACUGAUUAUGUGCCAACUGUCUUCGACAAUUUCAGUGCAAAUGUGGUUGUCAAUGGAAGCACUGUUAAUUUGGGUUUGUGGGACACUGCUGGACAAGAAGAUUAUAACAGAUUAAGACCUUUGAGUUACCGUGGUGCUGAUGUUUUCAUACUGGCUUUCUCUCUCAUAAGCAAAGCCAGUUACGAAAAUGUUUCCAAAAAGUGGAUUCCAGAGUUGAAGCAUUAUGCACCCGGUGUCCCCAUAGUUCUGGUCGGCACAAAGCUUGACCUUCGGGAUGAUAAGCAGUUCUUCAUAGACCAUCCAGGUGCUGUACCAAUUACCACGGCUCAGGGAGAAGAGCUUAGGAAGCUGAUCAAUGCACCUGCUUACAUUGAAUGCAGUUCGAAAACCCAGCAGAAUGUGAAGGCAGUGUUCGAUCAAGCCAUAAGAGUUGUUCUUCAACCGCCAAAGCAGAAGAAAAAGAAAAAUAAAGCAAAGGCCUGUUCCAUAUUAUGAUUUACUAGGUGUAUACAUUGGACAGCCCUCUCUGUUCCGCCUGUUUCUCUGCCCCUGUUGCUUUUUAAUCAUUCAUUUGCAGCUGAAGAAGUGGGAAUCUAUAUGGGUGUUGGUCUGACGGUACUCUAGAUCUCCUUGAAGCAUGAGGUGGUUUUGAUUCUUUGCUUUCUAGGAAUUGUUGUGAACUCUAAUUGUCAAAUUUGCAUUUCAUGGUUCCCCGCUUUUUUUCUUAACUUACUGUUUCGAUUUAUGUAUUAAUAGACUGGGAUAUCCCAGUUAGGAGAACAGCCUUGUUUGCUUGAAGAUAUAUACAUCUAAAUUAAUUAAUUUGUAUUCUGGUGUUAGGCUU